CCUGGCACCACCUGGGAUCUGGCUGAGCCGGAUGUGUUUGCUUGUUGGCAAUCCUUCUCCCUUGUUUGGCUCUGAUGGACGGCUAAUAUUGACCAUCCUACGUCAGAGUCAUUGCUGACACCCCCGAGUCAGCCGCAACCUACAUGAGUGCCCGUCUUUCCUCAACACCUCGAAAAUGAAUGGCAUUUAUGACUAUUCUCUUAUCUAAAUCAACCUAGAAUGGGUCAAAGACCUCGCCAAAGCCCUGUUCGAGUACGAUUGGAAAUUCCCUGUUGAGCCAUCGGCUAUUUUCUCAGGCUACCAGUCACCGUUCAACAUGUCGGUCGUACCUCAUCAUGGCGGCCUUUUCCCGCUUACUCAAUCGAUAUAUAUCCUUCUCGCUUUGACAUGUCCUUCCCUCUCCAGUCCCUCUCAGGAAAUACCUCUGUGUGUACCGAGUCCUUCCGCGAUCUGCCCUCCACGAGCACCUCCGCAGACAGGUGACAAGGUGGGAUCCGUCGAAGUCCGGCCGGAACCUGUCCUGUCAGUGAUUGAGCACGUUAAUUGUGCAUAUGAGCAAGACACGGCGCCUUCCCAGGAGGGAGAGGAGAUGAAGGCAGUCAAGACCAAGACAACGAUCGGGCUGCUGUCUACGAUCAUCUCGUACAUGUGCUUAAACAGUCUCGCUAGAGCCACACACCCGGAAGCAUUCAUUUGGCAGGAUGAGGAUAGAGAAGAGGCGACAUGGAUGGCGACAUCCAGAUCAUGGUUGGAUCGCAAGUCGUGCCGAUGGCUCGGCAUCUGUGGUGGCCGACAUAUGACAUUCAUCGGAGAGCUAGACCGGUUUGGACAUGACCCAAAACCACCACAGGAAGAGGAAAAAAAUCCAGAUGACACACCAGACUGGGAUUGGCAAAAUGCGUGGACGGAAGGCAAUGACAGACCCGAAGACUGGUCCGAUGACGAGCGAGUCCUGAGAGAAGUACCCGAUUACGUCUUGGAAUAUGCUCCCUUGGUACACCUCUACUCUGGCGAGCAAUUUUGGCCUUGCGACAUUGCCGAACACCUGUAUCAUAUUACUCCAGCGUUGAACUACACUCCACUCCAAUCGGAGCAGACACACCCGACACUCAUGAAUCUGGAUCGGCUCAACCACUGGCAGAAUGGGCGAUGGGUGUUCCUGACCAGCAAUGACGAUGUCGAAGAGCGCCCCGAAUGGCUCGAAGGAGAGAAAAACAUUCCCAACGCUCCUUCCAACCCCGAUGACACCUUCGAAGACAACGAUGGCUGGGUCCAUCGACCUGGGAGGACAUAUGUCCAGGGUGUCAAAGACGCCAUGAAAGAUCUCAAGCAAUGGUUUAGUUCCGACCUGGUUGACACCGAAGAGGACGACCAGGCUUUCAGGGCGACCCGGUUUGGCAAAACAGAUAACUCUCGAGUCUUCCCAGCAGAACAUCAGGAAAUGAAGCGGUCCCAGUCGACCAUAGAAGACGGAGGCAGGAUCCGAGGGGGCCGGAGUGAUGCCCCUGCCAUUUUGAUCACUGUCAACAAGGGACAUGGCAUUGUCGAUGCUUUCUGGUUCUUCUUUUAUAGCUUCAACCUGGGCAAUGUCGUGUUGAAUGUUCGAUUCGGAAAUCACGUGGGUGAUUGGGAACAUACGGCGGUACGAUUCCAGCAUGGUGAACCCAAGGCGGUAUUCUUUAGUGAGCACAAUUUUGGAUCCGCCUACAGUUAUGCUGCAGUGGAGAAGUUGGGGAAGAGGCCGGUCAUCUACUCAGCUUACGGCACACACGCCAUGUACUCAACACCGGACACUCACCCUUACAUUCUCCCAUGGGGAAUACUUCACGACCUCACAGACCGGGGACCUCUUUGGGACCCAGCGUUGAACGCACAUGCUUAUACUUACGACCACAAGAACGACACACUACGUUCUUCUAACCUCACACCAGAGGCCCCCAUCGGCUGGUUCGAUUUUGCAGGCCAUUGGGGAGACAAGUUUUACCCGCUGAGCGACAAACGACAAUAUCGAUUUGCUGGUCAAUACCACUACGUAAAUGGGCCCUUGGGACCAAAGUUCAAAGAUCUCGCACGGAAGAAGAUCUGCCCUGGUGGAGAUUCUUCUCCAUGCGUGAUUAAAAACUGGCUGGCUGGAUCAGACAAGAUUGGACGCUUGCAUCUGACGAACGAAGACGGAGAGAACGCCUGGUGAUUGAGCUCGAUGAGACACUCGUUACCUACGUGAGGAAUGCUUUCUAGCACGCUAGCUACUAGCAUCAUGAUACCCAAGAUUUGGAUUGGCGCGUUUGCAUACUGAUUUGUGGAUGGGCACGAGCCCGAGGACGAAGAUAUGCAGUCAUGUCUCCAUUCUCACUUUCCUGUAUUUAGUAGACAUGUUAAGUUGCAAUGACUGGAAUGUAUGAAUUCUGAAUCCCAUAUCUGGGGACGUCAGUU